CCGGCUUUACCAGCUCCUCCUACUUGACAAGCUAGCCAGCUAGCUGUAGCCGUCGCUGUUAAAGCGACCAACAAAUCCUGCCGGUUCAAACUUACUCCGCUGGAUGAGACGCAUUCAUCCAGAAAUAAACAAGACGCUGCCUUUAUGGGACACUUUCUCUCUGGAUAUCACGGGGCAAUGGGCAGCUAGCGAGCAGAUCCAGGCUAGCUACAGCUAGCUGGUCGGCUACAUCACACAGCUAGCUAACGAUUCGGCUAGCACCAGGAGAUCCGCCGACGAGCAUCUAACUCUGCUUUUGCCUGUCUGAAACAAGUUUUUGUACCAGAACCUCUUUCCUGAAUUCGCCCGGCUUGUAUGUCUAUUAGAUUAAUUCAUACAGACACGGAUAUAUUCUUUCUAAAUAUGUAGGUCAGUGUAAGCUACCAGUGAUAGUUAUGUGGGUCAUAGACAUCACUGGGUUAACCUAUUAGUUCGAACAGCUGGUUAGCAACAUAGCUAGCUAGUUGUCCGUGGGACGUUGAUUUUAAUUUGUCAUCACAAACCGAAGUGUAAUAACGUUAUUGCAUGUUUUAUAAUUUAAUUUAGUCUGCAGGUUGCGUGACAGACAUUAAAAUCGACUGGAGGAUUUUAUUUUCUAUGUUUUUGAAACGUCGUUGUCCAUCGUUAGCUAGCCGGAUUCUGCUUGCUAGCUCCGUUAACCGAGCAGCACCACUAACCUGGGAGCUGACGGAUCAUGCAGAUUGAGAAGCAGUGUUUCCUCCGCGCCUAGCCGGGCAGCAGCUCUCACAAAGUGUUUCGGGGUUUGGUGAGAGGAGGAUGGCAUUUCACGGCGCAGGCCGGCAGACCGUUUGUGGAGACUUGUUUCCGGGCUCUGAAUUGGGCCACAAGUAUUUCUGUGUCAACACUUCCUGCGGAGCCCCAUCCACGGGCCUCAGCGCCACACCGUGCCUGACCGGACCGACUGCCCCGGCAGGGACACCUCGCCACCCCACUGCCCUCGGAGGAAGCACCGGCGGCGGAGCAGCGGUGCCUCAGCCCUACAGCAACCCGGCCAGCGAGGUGCCCAGCCCACCAGAGAUGGAGCCGGACCGCCCUAUCGGUUAUGGCGCAUUUGGCGUUGUCUGGUCUGUUACAGAUCCACGCGAUGGCCGCAAGGUGGCUUUGAAAAAGAUGCCCAAUGUCUUCCAGAACCUCGUCUCCUGUAAGAGGGUCUUCAGGGAGCUGCGGAUGCUGUGCUUCUUCAAACAUGACAAUGUUUUGUCAGCACUGGACAUUUUGCAGCCUCCACAAAUUGACUGCUUUGAAGAAAUCUACGUGAUAACAGAAUUGAUGCAAAGUGACCUGCACAAAGUGAUCGUGUCUCCUCAGCCUCUCACCACAGACCACAUCAAGGUCUUCCUCUAUCAGAUCCUCCGAGGUUUGAAGUACCUGCACUCUGCUGGGAUCCUGCACAGAGACAUCAAGCCUGGAAACCUGCUGGUCAACAGCAACUGCUUACUGAAGAUUUGUGACUUUGGUUUGGCGCGGGUGGAGGAGCCCGACCCGUCGCGUCACAUGACCCAGGAGGUGGUGACCCAAUACUACAGAGCUCCAGAAGUGCUGAUGGGAUACCGACAUUACAGCUCAGCCAUCGACGUCUGGUCAGUGGGCUGCAUCUUUGCCGAGCUGCUGGGUCGGCGCAUCCUCUUUCAGGCUCAGAGCCCCAUUCAGCAACUGGAUCUGAUCACGGAUCUUCUGGGGACGCCGCCUCUCUCUGCGUUGGCAUCGGCUUGCGAAGGAGCCAGGGCCCACAUUUUAAGGGGGCCUCACAAACCGCCAUCGCUGUCGGUGCUCUACAUGCUGUCUGAUGGAGCCACACACGAGGCGGUGCACCUGCUCUGUCGGAUGCUGGUCUUUGAUCCGGCUAAGCGGAUUUCAGGCAGUGACGCCCUCUCUCACCCGUACCUGGAUGAAGGACGUCUGCGUUACCACACCUGCAUGUGUCAGUGCUGCUAUUCGGUCCCCAGCGGGCGAGUGUACACCCGAGACUUUGAGCCAGUCGCCGAGCGGCCAUUCAGUCACAGUUACGAGAACAGCCUGCUGUCCGUGUGGCAGGGGAAAGAGUUAAUCCAUCGCUUCAUUACGGAGCAUCAGCAGGGGAAACGAGUGCCGCUGUGCAUCAACCCUCAGAGUGCUGCCUUCAAGACCUUCAUCAGGUCGACUGCAUGGCACUCCUCUAAGGUUUCAAGGAAAGAGGAGAGAUGAAGAGUCCUCUUCAUCAUCUUAGGGAGCGACAGCAGUUUGAUUUUAUGGGCCGUGGCAUUUGAAAAUACAGAAGAGUUUGGGUCUUUUUUUUUCGCAUGGUGGGGAAACAACCUACCCCACCAUAAGAGAGGAAAACCCAUCUGAGUUCCUUCUAAAAAUCCUCUCUUAUUUCCCCUGCUAAUCUACAAAGAACACAACAAACUACUGCUCAACUCCUUAGAAGACCCAGGCAGCGGAUGCUGGAGGCUUUCUCGGUGCUGAAUAAAAAAUGCUGCUGAAGUGCUUGAGGAGGAUUAAGGAAGGAAGGAAACAAGUGAACUUGGUACUAGACUGGAUUUUCAUCUAUGUUAGUAGAGACAUUGAGAAAUAAUGGUUUUAAUUGUUUGAUAGAGUUGUUGCUUAGUUGAUAUUUGAAGUCAUUCCAGCCCUGUGCAAUAUGGUUUAGUUAGAAAAACGCACACUCGGCGUGCUUGCUUGCCAAUGGGACUUUUUUUGGACUCCUGGUGUACGCCCACGUUACCGGAUCAGUGUGUCACGAGCUCUCACACAUGAACCCGCCAAACACCACAACAUUAACCGCCAAAAACCUCCAAGGUUUUCUCUUACUUUUGUUUUUUUUUUUUUAAUCUGAACACAUCACUCACUGUGUUUUACGAUAAUAAUGCAAUCUAACAGAUGUAGCAGGUUUUAACCACAGUCAUUUUACCACAGACAGCCAGCUUUGUUUUUGUUUAAUCACUAUUUGAGGAGGAAUGUUUGGUCCUGUGUUCAUGUUAUUUGAAUACCGUAUAGGGCACUUCUGCAUUCUUAAAAGGAGGCUUUUUUUUCUUUACGUUGUUUUAUUUUGGGGUCUGGACAGCCGAUUCCAUACACAAACUUUCAGCCAGCAGCGAGGAAACUGGCUGCAACAGCUGUGGUGUAUUUCUUGCAGGCAGAUAUGUGUGAUAAGUACUACAGCUUCGAGUUGUUGGCCUGUUUUAUCUUCUCAUUUAAGCCUCUUGAAAGAACUAUCCCUGCCUCAAAAGUGGAAUUCCUUUUCUAAAAAUAAGAGUGUUUAAUCAGGAUAUGAAGCUGAAAAGGAACUUUUUCCCUCAGUUUUUGUCACAAGGAUGUGUGAUUGCAGGCUGUUUCAUGGGAAACCCCUCCCAGGUAGAAGAAAAAUGCCAAACCAACAGCUAUUUAGGUCUUUAUUUUUUGCCUGCUGAGAUGAAAGAAGUCUUCGUUAAAUAUUUGAGGAGUUUUUUUCUUUUCCUGCUGUCUUCAGCCUCCUUUUUACCCCAUCAGCAGAGACACUGAGGAAACUGCAAGGUUUUUUUAUUUUUUAUUUUGAAUUCCUAAUUUAUUGAGUGUCUGUUGAAGAGUGUGUGUCUCCACCCUUUUUAGUUUCAAGCGACCCUUCGCUGCGGUCACCGUUACCUCAAACCCUGGAAAGAUGAGACAGAAAAGAAGAAAGUGUGAAUAUGUGUAAAGUGAAACCCUCCCGUCACAACUUAAAUGUCAUUCCUCCAGAUGCUCGUUUUUACCUCGUACUCGCUCCUCGUCCCUCGCCACUCAGAAUCAGUGUGAGGUUUUGAGAGGAGAAGGAUAUUGUCGGUGAAAUGCUGCUGUUUUUUUUUCCUUUUCCUUUAGUUGUUGUUUUUUAGGAUCCUAUUUCUUGUCUAAGGCUCAGGUGUCCCGUUUAUAGACAAAGAGAAAAGGUACAAAGACUCAUGAAGACGAACCAGUAUUGCUCAGCAACAAUGCCAGAAGUAUAGAUGAAGAGAGAUCUGCCCAGUGAUGACAAACAGACAGAUCAUGUCAAACACAAAGUGAGACCACAGAAGUCUGAUCGGAUUAAUUUCCACCCUGAAAUCUGAGAAAAUCCCACCUAUGGCUGGCAUGAUACUCCUACUGAAAUGUCCCAUUUCCAAAGAGACAGCGAUGACGUCUUCCUGUUUCUGCCAACAGUACGAAUAGCAAGAUUUUUCUACAUCACUCCUGAAGAUGUGACCAGUGUGAAUCAUGCAUUUCCAAUGAAUGACAUUUAAAGGAAACAGAUUUAUGGAUUUUUCUGCGUCCCUGCUGUCUGUGAAAUAAUCAGAUUCCGGAUGCAGCUUUAACUCUCAUAAAACCAUCAGUGUGAUCCUCUGGUUCCUGGCUGAUCUGAGCUGUUUGACCCCUUCAGGAACCUUCUUAGGAUCUUUGAAACGUUUCACAACAAGGGCUGACUUGUGCCAACAGCAACAGCUCGCCACUCUAACUCCAAAACACCACAAAAGUUUGUCUCCAGCUGAAGAUACAUGUGUGUUUAUUAAGCUUUCAUUUUGUUUAAAUCCACUAUGAUUUUUGUUAAUUUUUCCCUUGUACUCGCCCCUGUAGCUCCAGCAGGCGGGGCCCUGGGCCUUCUUUCUCCAGUGUUUUUUUUUUUUUUUUUUUUUUGAAGCUCUGAAAACCUCAGCUCCUCUUCUACAGGAACACAGCGAGGCCUCUGCUCGAGGCUGCCAGAUUUACCUGACUUGUAUAUCUGCAUGUGUACAGUUAUUAUCCCAUGGAGAGCAUUUUGGUUUGAAUGCUGUGCAAUGGUUCCGUUUGUUGAUGACGACGAAAAAAAACGUACAUUUUUUGUGGUAAUUUUUAUUUAAUUCAUCUUUAGGAAGUGAUUUUAUUAGAAGUUUUGUUUUUGUUUGUUGUGAUCUAAUUAGAUUUUAUGAGGCCAAGUGUCUGGAGAAUGUUGGAUUAAUUGUUCCCUAAAAAACUCUAAAAAGUUUACUUAAGUAGCACGCUUUCCCUCCAAACUGAAACUGUGCUAUCUUAAAAUAUUUGUAUGGUUUUAUUUUUGUGCACCCUGCCCUCAAAUACAUUGCAUCUGGCAACAGGGUUGAAUCCCUUCUGAUUAACCUUUAUUUCUUUUCCAUUUGAGUUGUCAUGAAAAGUCUUUUGAGCUGUGUCCCAUUUCUAAUUUUUACCCAUAAACCCUCAGAACAGACUUCAAGGGGUUGUAGUGAAAUUUCUCACUGAAACUUCAUCAGGCUGUGGUAACUUUCAAAUCUUAGUAAGAAAGAAAAUUUGUAUCCUUCUUUCACUACCUGAGCAGCCAUCUUGCCAAUAAUUUGCAAGGCUUUCUGGGAAAUUUCAUUUGAAAAUUCGACUUGGACCGUUCCCCUGGAAAAUCUCUGUAGGGCUGUGUGCACUGGCCCUUCACCCUAACUCUCCAUUUCUGCAAGAAGCAUGACAUCCGAUUCUUAGAUGUCAGUGUGCAAAAUGAGGGGUGAAAGGGACAAGCAUGAAUUGGGACUGAGCUUUAACUUUGAUAUGUUACUAGUACUCGUACAAUAUCCAUACCUGUCCCAAACCAAGUUCAUUUCCCACAAUAUUUCUUGUGUUAAAGAAAUGCAAGUGAAACCUUGCACAUGUUUCAGUUCUACAAUUAAGAGUGUUUGCUGGCAGUUUGAUGAAUUCAUUCACGUUUUUCCCCAAGCUUUAAUACUGUUCGGUCCAAAUGAAGAUAACCAGUACAUUAUUUUAAAACAUGGUAAAAAAGCUCUGGAUGCUUCUGAACACAAAUGUGCCAGUAACACUUGUGUCCUAAAAUUUGAUUGUCAUUUUUCUAUGAUUAUUUUUACAGGAACUUGUGAGCAAGAGAGAACUGAGUCAACAAAGGCACUCAGAAUAAUAACUCGAACUUAAAAAUGAGCAAAAAAUUGAGGAGUUGAGUAAUUUAAGGUUCAUAUCUACACAUUUAGGGAACAAUUACUCCAACCACUUCACAUUUUUGGACUUUUUAAUUUGCUUUUUUUCUGUUGUUGUGUUAGUAGAGAUCCUCUCAAGUGAGGAACAGUUUUAAACUAGAUGAUCUGUUGUGUCCGUUCAGUCUCGCUGUCAGCUCGUCUGUUACGCUGAAGCAGAGCAGGUUUGGACAAAUGGUCAUCUGUAGAGAUUAGACAUGUUUUUCUUCUAUGAAAAGAAACUUGAUGUUUUUAUUAUUCUAAAUAUAAAACUGAUGUUUUGUCUUCGUUUUAGCAUAAAGGUUUUGUUUGUUUUUUUGACCUGUGUUCCCAACAGAUACUUGAAUUUCUUAAAAAAAAGUUUAGAGUUAAAGUAGUGAAUGAUGAAAUAAAUAAAUGGACACUGGAUAACA